AUGGCUCCUGGAAAUGGCUCUUUUGUGACUGAAUUCAUUCUAGUGGGGUUAACAGAUCAGCCUGACCUCCAACUGCCCCUCUUCUUCCUGUUUCUAGUAACGUACGUGGUCACCAUGUUGGGAAAUUUGGGUUUGGUAGCUCUAAUUGGGCUGAAUUCACACCUGCACACCCCCAUGUACUUCUUCCUCUUUAACUUGUCCUGCAUAGACCUCUGCUAUUCUUCUGUGUUUACACCUAAAAUGCUGAUGAACUUCCUAUCAGAGAAGAACUUCAUCUCCUACAGGGAGUGUAUGACGCAGUUUUUCUUUUUUUGUUUUUUUGGUAUUUCUGAAUGCUAUGUGCUGGUGUCAAUGGCCUAUGAUCGCUAUGUGGCCAUCUGUAACCCACUUUUGUAUAACAUUGCCAUGUCCCCAAGAGUGUGUUGUACUCUUAUGCUUGGAUCAUACUUGAUGGCCUUCUCUGGAGCCAUGGCCCACACUGGAUGCAUGCUGAGACUGACCUUCUGUGAUGCAAACUCCAUCAACCACUAUUUCUGUGACCUCCUUCCCAUGCUCCAGCUCUCUUGCACCAGCACCUAUGUCAACGAGAUGAUGGUUUUCAUUGUGGGAGGCAUCAAUGUCAUCAUGCCUAGCCUCACCAUCUUUAUUUCUUAUGGCUGCAUCCUUUCCAACAUCUUUCGAAUGAGCUCCAAGGAAGGCAGGUCCAAAGCCUUCAGCACUUGCAGUUCCCACAUAAUUGCUGUUUCUCUAUUCUUUGGAUCAGGUGCAUAUAUGUACCUCAAUCCCUCUUCUGCUGGGGCUAUGGAUGAGGGAAAAAUCUCUUCUCUCUUUUAUACCAAUGUGGUUCCCAUGAUGAACCCCUUAAUCUACAGUUUUAGGAACAAAGAUGUUACAUUUGCCCUGAGAAAAACUCUGAGUAGGAGAAAGUUUUAA